UCGGUUUGUAAUUUGGUCACUUGCACCUUAUCAAUUCCCCCCAUCUCUCUUCUCCUCUACCAGAAAUGGCAGCUCUCAAUGUCUCUCCACUCUUCAAAACCCUAAACCCCCGGAUAUCUCAUUCCCAGAACCUUCCUAAAACCCCAACUUUUCUUCCCCUCUCCUGCCCUCUUCCAUCUACUCUCCCGUCUCUCAUCCCCUGCGCCCUCACCCUCCAAAGACUUCCUCCGCUGAGAGCCAUUGGAGAUGGGGAAUACUCAUCUAGGAGAGGUGGUAAUGACGAACGAGAGACUAUUAUGCUUCCUGGCUGCGACUACAACCACUGGCUCAUUGUCAUGGAGUUCCCCAAAGACCCUGCCCCUACUAGAGAGCAAAUGAUUGACACUUAUCUAAAUACCCUUGCCACUGUUCUUGGCAGCAUGGAAGAAGCAAAGAAGAACAUGUAUGCUUUUAGUACAACCACUUACACGGGAUUCCAAUGCACUGUAUCUGAAGAAACAUCUGAGAAGUUUAAGGGAUUACCUGGAGUUUUGUGGGUCUUGCCUGAUUCUUAUAUAGAUGUCAAGAACAAGGAUUAUGGAGGGGAUAAGUACAUCAAUGGAGAGAUAAUUCCUUGCCAGUACCCUACAUACCAACCCAAGCAGGCUAACCGCCCAAAAAGCAAGAGUAAAGCAUAUGUGAGAAGAAGAGAUGGUCCUGCUCCUGCUUCUGCUCCUGCUCCUGAAAGGCGGAGACAGGAAGCCACUCCUGAAUCUUCCUCCUAGAAGCGUAUUGGUAGUUACUUCGUAUUUGGCUAAGAAUCAAGUUGCAUUCUUGGAAAAUGCCAAUGUACCGUCGUGGCUUCAAAUUAGGUGUAUAGUCUUACAGAGAUGCACUGGUGCUGCUUGAUUAGAAUUUUAAUGUAAUAGUUGAGUGCAAGGCUGUUGUUAUCUUUUGUGAACACCAGCUUGCUAAUUUCACAGUGAGGUUGGAGAAAUCAAUGCUGUUGUAUGAGUACCUAAUGGACAAAGGUGUUCUAUGAUUAAACAACUUGAACUCAUUCCUUGGCAAAUUUUGUUUGAUUUUAAUCCAUGCAUUUUAACAUUUGCAACC